AGGCAUUGCGUCACAAGUCAAAGAGCCCUCUGUGUUUCCACUCACUCGACGUUUCCUAUCAGAAGGAGUUUUGCUUCAGUUGAAGCAUAAAUGGACGGUUUCUUGUACGUCCCAGCGUGUAUAUUUAAUCUACUUAUCCUGAAUGCUGUUCAUUAAAAAGUUACCUUAAAUUACGAAAUAGCUAAAUACAAGAUUAUCGACAUUUCGCUUGCUGGCUAGCUCCGCCAGCUGAGUCUAACGUCAAGAUGGACCAGGCAGCAAGCCGAUACCAAGUGUUUGAGAAUGAUGAAGACGACUCCUGUGAGCCCUCCACCAGCGCCCAGCAGCCGUGCACCUCGGCCCAGGCCUGCCCAAUCCCAGUAGCCCUGGAGGGGGACGCAGAGGCCCCACCGCCUCCCUAUGCCAGCAUCGCCCUGGGCGCCACCGCUGCCAUCCCUGAGAGCGGUUGUUACCCGAGUGAUUUCCCCGUGCCGCCCCCCUACAGCGUGGCCACCUCUCUUCCCACCUACGAUGAGGCAGAGAAAGCCAAAGCUGCAGCCAUGGUACUCUCUGCUGUGGAGGUGAUACCAGGGGAGGAUGACUUCCCUCCAAGGGAUGACUUCAGCGACGUCGACCAGCUGAGGGUGGGGAACGAUGGCAUUUUCAUGCUGGCCUUUUUCAUGGCCUUCCUGUUCAAUUGGAUUGGGUUCUGCCUGUCAUUCUGCCUGACCAACACCAUCGCCGGCCGAUACGGGGCCAUCUGCGGCUUUGGCCUCUCUCUCAUCAAGUGGAUUCUCAUCGUCAGGUUCUCAGACUACUUUACUGGAUACUUCAAUGGGCAGUACUGGCUCUGGUGGAUUUUCCUGGUCCUCGGUCUCCUGCUUUUCUUCAGAGGAUUCGUGAACUACCUGAAAGUGCGCAACAUGUCUGAAAGCAUGGCUGCCUCGCACAGAACACGCUUCUUCUUCCUGUACUAAGAGGUGGUCGCACCAAACAUUCCUCCUUAAUGUGAAAUUCCCUGAGGAUUUGCGACCCUCUUCUCGAAUGACCAGGACAAAAAACCCACCUUGAAAAGAGGUGAGGAAGUACCGCUGCGAAAGUCUGACGUCUUUCAUUAAAAGCCAAAACAGCUGACUCAUCUCUCUUUUCAGAAAGUCCGUACAGUACAGAUUAACCCAGCUAAAUAUACCCUGUGUUUUAAUAUUUUCAUAUUUCCACUGACUUUGUUUGGCUCUUUUGAUUUCAAUUGCCUUCUUGAUCUAACCCCUGUUCUGGUCCCAUUCUGCUUAAUAUCCCAAGUCUUGUACAUUGUAUUCACCUUAACAGGGGCUAGUAUAGUGUAGUGUAGUAGCUGGGUCUAUCUGUUGUGGACCUUUUUUGAAAAUUACACACAAGGAGAUGGAAGAAAAAGGUAUGCAGCCAAGAGGUCUUAUGCAAUUGUGUCCUUCCCUGAACUUAGAUGUCUGCUUCUAUGAGGAUGAUGACUUUUAAAGCUCUAUCGGAGUAUCAAUAUUAGAAUUUGUAUUUUAUCCUUUGAGUUUAAUCCCCAUAUUUAAUUGUCUUUGGUAGAAAAAUGUUAUUUGAUGAAAUUCAUGAUUUUUAUCCUGAAAUGAUUGAACUGUAUCCUAGCUUAUGCCAAUUUAUGAUAUUUGCACUUUUCAAGAACCUCUUUCUCCAUCAGUUGUGAAUUGCUUAUUUGUCGUAGUGCGUAGACUGAUCUCUUUGUCAAUUCGUUUUGAACUGGAAUUUGUAUUUAUCCCAAAAAAGGAUAUCUGCCUUUUGCACUUUUUUUUAUUUUAAAGAAUUACAUUUUCAUUGAUUAUUGUAAUUAGCCUGAACUGUGACAUUUUAAAGUAUUGUCGCGUUUCUUUAAUGCUUGAAUGAUGCCUUUCUCAUGUCGUUUUUGUUACACAGAAGCCUCAUCAGCAAUAUCAAAAAACAUAACUUAAAUGCAUGAUUAGUCUGGCCGAGUUGGUUAAAAUAAAUAUUCAGCUAAAGCAACAUUAUUAAUAUUCUAUAUAUAUGUUUGUAAAACAAUCAAACAAUUUUUGUCAGAAAUUAUUCUUGGAACAUCUCUGGUACUCAGAGAUGAUAAUGCGUGCUUGUUAAUUCUUUAACUCGAAGUCUUGCAAAAUGCCAUUAAAGUUCAAAUUGCACCCUG